UGCUCUUAUCAUGGACCCCUUCAAGCUCCAGAAAAUCCAGACCUCAAACCAGAAGAAAUUUGGGAAAUUUCGGAAUGUGAAACUAAUCCCCAUGGAGACCUCGUCAUCGUCUGAUGACAGUUGUGACAGUUUUGGCUCUGAUAAUUUUGCAAACACGAAAAACAAAUUUAGAACAGGUACAAGUAGAGAACUGGCCAGAGUAUUUUCUGAGGAAUCGGAAUCUGAGUCAUUUUGUGGAUUUUCAGAAGAUGAAAUCCGGAAUGGCAUGAAAAUUGAAUCGGAUUCGGAAGAAGGCAGACCGAUGAGAACUCGAAGGUCCACAAGGGUUUUAGGCAAAAAUAACACGUCUCUGAAAGUAGCUCUCAAAUUCCCAACCAGAAAGGGUCCUGGAAGAAACCCCCCAAAGGAAGGACCGAAGAAGAAAGUAAAGACUGAAGAGUCUGAUGACUCUGACACAGAGGGUGGGGCCAGUUUCUUGGAGAAGAGGGCAUUGAACAUUAAACAGAACAAAGAAAUGCUUGCAAAGUUGAUGGCGGAGUUGAAGAGCAUACCUGAAUUUAUGACCUGCAAAAGCCCAUUCUCUCCUUUGACUCCUAAAGUUAAGAGAACACCUAGAAGUGUACAGUCGGCUGGACAGGCAAGGAGGAACCCAGAAAGAGCUUCUCGUCCCCACACCCGGUCCCGAUCUCAGACUGAUGGCCCCCCUAGCCCUGGUCUUGAUGAGGAGGAGGAAGAGGAUGAUCAAUACUACUUGGUUAGGAAGAGAAAGAUGGAAGAUGACUAUGAUGAUGAAAGUUAUGUCCCUCGGGUCCGCCGGCAAAGUUCCUUGACUCUGCCCCACAUUAUCAGGCCAGUGGAAGACAUCACAGAAGAGGAGCUGGAUGCCAUAUGUCUCAGUGCACGAGGCAAGGUCUACAAUAGGGCAACUGGUUCAACCUGCCAUCAGUGUCGUCAAAAGACCAUUGACACCAAAACCAACUGCCGGAAUCCAGAGUGCACAGGAGUGAGGGGCCAAUUCUGUGGCCCCUGUCUAAAGAACCGCUAUGGAGAAGAUGUGAGGACAGCAUUGCUGGAUCCAGACUGGCACUGCCCACCAUGUAGAGGAAUCUGUAACUGCAGUUUCUGUAGACAGCGUAAAGGCCGUUGUGCCACUGGCGUGCUGGUUUACCUAGCAAAGUACCACGGGUAUGACAAUGUGCAUGCAUAUCUGAACAGCUUGAAACGUGAGCUGGAACAGGAGGACUGA